AAACAUAAGUACUGUAUUUAUUGUUAAUCAUUUGGAAUGAAGCACGACUGUUGCCAGACGACCAGGAGUUAAUCGUGAGCACGGAGGAGAGGUGAAUUUCGGCCAUUUGUGCGGCAGCGGUCCAACACAACCCGCUGUCUGUCGGGUCUGGUGAUUGCCUGCUGCGGGAAGGUAUACAGUACCUCGCUUGAUAAUGGGAAAGGUAUUGUGGUGCACCCUUCUCGUCGUCGUCCUCGCCUUGUUCGCCCACUGGUUAUUCGACCUGUGGGUAUAGAGAGCCUCCCCUUCCCUGCCGCUGCUGUUUUUCACCCGAGUGGCCACCGUACCUGAGUACUGGGAGGAUUGGGGUUCAGGAGCACUGGGUGCACUCAGCCUCUGCAAGAAACUGGGUGUGUUCAGAGAAGUGGCUCCAAUUGAACCUGGCAACUGCCAUCUAAUGGAAGGAAUUGAGUAUGGAUCUGAAGAUAUUAGUGUUCUUCCUGGAGGUUUGGCUUUCAUCAGCUCUGGCUUGAAAUAUCCAUUGAUACCCAACAUAGCACCUGGUCAGCCUGGGCGGAUUUUCCUGGUGGAUUUAAACAACCCAACACUGAGAGCUGUUGAAUUGAGAAUUAGUCAUGGGUUUGAAGUAAAAUCCUUUAAUCCACAUGGAUUGAGCACAUUCAUACAGAAAGGUGGUGCUGUUCUUCUAUUUGUUGUGAAUCACCCACUGCAUACCACCACUGUAGAAAUAUUUAAGUUUGAAGAACAACAACUUAAUCUGAUUCAUUUAAAGACCAUCCAACAUGAGCUUUUAAACAAUGUGAAUGAUAUCGUAGCAGUGGGUUCUCAGAGCUUCUAUGCCACCAAUGACCAUUAUUACUCUAAUUUUUACCUGAGGAUCUUCGAGUUUCUUUUUGGCUUUUCCUGGGGCUCCGUUGUUUACUAUAGUCCGACUGAAGUAAAAGAAGUUGCAAAAGGGCUUAGUUUUCCCAAUGGGCUGGAUAUUUCUCUUGAUGGAAAACACUUAUUUGUUGCUGAGACUACAGCUUGUAUGAUCAAUGUUCUGGAAAUUAAUCCAAACCAUAGUCUGACUCAAAAGAAGAGUUUGGCUCUGGGAGUAAAUCCAGACAAUGUGAAUGUGGAUCCAAAGACUGGAGAUGUUUGGACUGCUGGUUGUUUAAAUGCAUGGAAACUUCAACCGUACAAUCCUGAAGACCCCCCAGGAUCUGAGGUAAUCAAAAUUGAAAACAUUUUUUCUAAGGACCCCAGAGUGAUCCAAGUGUAUGUGAAUAAUGGGUCUGUACUGCAAGGUGCUUCAGUUGCCACGGUUUACAAUGAUAAACUGCUCAUUGGAACUAUUUACCACAAAGCUCUCUACUGCGAGUUCAGUAGUUUGUAACUUUGGAAAAAGUGUUAUUUUUCAAUUGACAGCAAUCUGCAGUUCUGUAGGUACUACAGAAUGGUCUAAUCAAGGGGUCUUAAUUUUGGUAAUAUAUAUGCUAGCAUCUUCAGAAUUCUACCACUUUUAAUACAGGCAAAUUCCUGCAAUGUAAUAGUAUUGAAAAAAAUGUUUUUCUCUAUUUUCCAUUUAUAUAAUGAUUUUGUUGUACAAGGUGAAUUGGUUAGAUUCAAUGAUGGGAGUUAAAAAAAAUAACUUACUUGGAAGAAAGUUUCAUAUAAUAGUUCAAUUAAUAUACAGUUACCAAAAUGUUGAUUAUAAUGUAUGAACAAGUUGUAAAACAAUGAAAUAUCUCAUUGUUAUUUUAAAAUGUCAACUGAUUUUGGUUCCAUAAUGCUUCCAUGUUUCACUUCAACCAAGGGUUCUCAACCUGGAGUCCACAGAUCCCUCAGUUAAUAGUAGAGGUCCAUGGCAUAAAGUAGGGUGGGAAUACCUGACUUAGAUAGUGAGAUGAAAUUGUUUGUAGAUCAUAAAGAGCUCUCACAUGGUCUAUGUAUUGAAAAUUUUUAAUGGAGAAUUCAUUUUUCCCCUAAAGAUUUAUA